UAAGCAAAGUUUGAUGACAUUAAUAAUUUAAUUUUGAUCAAUUUAUUUUUUACCUGCUGAGAAGAUCAAAUAUGAAAAAAAUGAGUUUGAUAGAUAUAAUUAUGUGAAUUAUUUAUGUUUCAUUAAUUAUGUCCACAAAAUUAUUCACAUUUGAAGUAUUAAAUCUAAGUCUUGUUAAGUGAAAAGUUAAAAGUAAGACACAAUCUGUUGUCAACAUCAAUAAGUUAGAAAGGUAGUAAGUUAGAUAAAAAAAAUAGUUUGUGGCACACAGAAACUGAAAUUUUAGAGUUUGCUUUCAUGGCUACAUCAUGUGACAAAGCCGUAUCGUUCCCAACAAAUGACCGAAUAUGGUACAAAUUUAUUGUUUGGUCCUUGAUUAUCUAUGUUGGAGGUAUUAUUCUCAUUUUGAUUGGCAGAUCAAUCAAUUGGAUAUUUUGUUAUAAAAAAAAGACUCAAAUUUCAACAACAUACAGCUCAGACGAGGGCAUAGAUGAGCCUGAUGAUGAUGAGGAAGAAUUGGAGCAAGGACUGUAUCUAACUUUCAAGGAAGGAGCUGCCAGUCUGAUAUCAGGACACUCUGUACAAGGCAGAGUCGUUGUUAUCUUGUCAUUCAUUUGCAAUUUGGCAGCAUGUGCUCUUUACAUCACAGAAUCAUCAUACCCUGUUGAGCAUUGCUUGAAAGAUGAUGAUAUUUUGUGGAAAGUGGAAAUUAUCUUGAAUGGAUUUUUUAUUUUUCACUUCAUUAUACGGUUUUUUGCGGCUCAUGACAAGUUACAUUUCUGGACUUCUGAUCCACUGACCAUCAUUGAUUUCUUAACUGUACCAACAGUAUUCCUGGCAAUUUAUUAUGAUCGCAAUUGGAUAGGUCUUCGCUUUGUUAGAGUGAUCACUAUGAUGAAUUUGUCAGAAAUUUUGCAAUUUUUGAAUGUGUUAACCGCAGGCACUGCUGUGGAACUGGUACAUAUGCUUGGAACAUUUUUAGCUGUCUGGUUAACUUCAGCAGGAAUGGUGCACCUUUUUGAGAAUACUGGAGAUUUUUGGCCACCGAUAAGCUAUCAAAAUAAUCGUACAAUCAAUUUCUUUGAAUCUACUUAUUUUCUGCUGGUAACCAUGUCGACAGUGGGCUAUGGAGAUAUUUAUUGCAUGACAUACCUUGGAAGAUUAUUCUGUAUGUUUUUCAUCGCAAUAGGUUUGGGUUUGUUUGCAUCCUACCUUCCAGCAAUACAAGCAUAUUUCUCAUCUCAUACAAAAUAUCAUCUGAACUUUAAACCUACUGCUGGAAAGAAGCAUGUUAUUGUGGCUGGCCAUAUAACAGAAAACAGUAUCAAAUCGUUUCUUCGAGAUUUCCUGCACCCUGAUAGAGAUGAUCCUUCAACAACUGCGGUUUUUCUCUCUCCAGAGCUCCCUGAUGUGGCAAUGCAAGCGAUAUUAAAGAGAUAUGAGUCACGAGCACUUUAUUAUGUUGGAACUAUAUAUAGCACAGAGGAUUGUGCUCGAAUGCAAAUGAGAAAAGCUGACGCUGUGAUCAUAUUAUGUAACAAAAAAUCACAUGAUCCAGAGGAAGAAGACAGUGAGAACAUUACAAGAGUUAUAUCAGUGAAGAACUUUUAUGAGAACACUCGCUGCAUUGUACAGUUGAUAAUGAAUGCCAGUAAAAGUCACCUGCUCAAUUGUCCUCAAUGGAAUCGUAGUCUUGGUGAUGAAAUUGUUUGUAUCAAUGAGUUAAAACUUGGUUUCAUGGCACAAAGUUGUAAUGCUCCAGGCUUUUCAACGUUGAUUGGAAACUUGUUUUCUAUGAGAAGCGACACAACCACUGUUGAUAUACACGAAUCAGAACAAUGGAAAGUUGCUUAUAUUACUGGUGCAGCAAAUGAGAUCUACACUGCUCAUCUAUCAAACUCCUUUGCUGGACUAACUUUCGUACAGGCAGUGGAGAUCUGUUUUGAGAAGUUGAACCUUUUGUUGAUUGCCAUUGAAAUAAAAAUUUCAAAAACAGAAAAAUAUGUGUCAAUAAAUCCAAGUGGCGACGAAAAAUUGGGAAAAAAUUGUACAGCUUAUGUGUUUGCACAGAGUCAACUUGAUGCUGACCGUGUUUCAAAAUAUUGUUCAAUUUGUCAUAAAGAUUUGGUGGAUGCAGAACGAAUGGUCAGAUGUCGCUGUCGACGCAAUAGAAAAAGAACAGCACUCUUCUCAAACAACAACAAGAAGCAAACAGAUACUUUGGUCGAUUUAGAUCCAACCCAUCUAUUGGAGGAAAUUGUUGAUGACUCAGCAAAAUUGCAGAAAAAUUUAACUGGAGAUUACUACCCAAAUGGUGACAAGCCGAAAUUUGAUCAAAGUGGAACAUUUUAUUGGUGUGAAGGUCGGUCUUUUGAAGUAGCAAAGUUGACUCUAAACGAGGCAGCCAGUGAAAAGUUUAAGAAUCACGUUUUGAUUUUGGUUUUAAGUACUCGCGAGUCUGCUUCGCUUGAGCUGAGACAACUGGUAUUGCCUUUGAGAGCCAGUAACACUAAUCCUGCUUCGUUGAAAAAGGUGGUCAUUUUGGGAGAUGGUGAAUUUUUGCAACGAGAGUGGAGAAGUUUGACGAAUUUUCCUGAUGUUGAUGUCGUAGCGGGCUCGCCUUACAAUCGUUCUGAUUUACGAGCUGUAAACGUAGACACUGCAGAUAUGGUGAUUUUGUUAUCUCCUGGAUUUAACGCGAAAGCUGUAGAACACCAAGCAUUAUCAGAUAAGAAGGCUAUUCUUGUUACGUUAAACCUCAAAGCGAUGAGGUUUGAUCGUUCAAAACUGUCUGAAUAUACAUCAUCACAAGGUAACGGAAAUACAAUGGCUGAUCAAGCAGUGGAAGGUGACCCUGCUGCAGUUACUCAUGGAACAGGUCUACCAACUUCUGUCUCCAGGAACCCGUCACGUAUGACAGUUGUGUCACAAGGAGGAGGUUCGGAUACAACGAAAGCUCUUGAAGUUACAGAAGAUUGGCAGACUGCAUUGAUCCCGAUGAUAACUGAGCUAUUGUACGACUCAAACGCAAUGUACUUGGAUCAAGACGAUAUGAAUAUAUAUGAUGAUGAAGAAAUUUUUCUGACUCAACCGUAUGCUUGUGGGUCAGCUUUUACUGUUUCUGUUUUGGACUCGUUGGUCAGCGCUACAUAUUACAAUUCGGAAAUUCUUACACUGGUUCGAAAUAUUGUGACAGGAAGUGUUGGUUCAGACUUGGACGAGCUUCUGUCAGAAGGGAAGCAACCAAAUGGAAAUUACGAAACCCGGGAAAUUGCUGCUACACGAAACAGAUGUCGUGUUGCUCAGAUGUCACUCACUGAAGGUCUUCUCUCGGAUUUUGGACAAUGUGGAACAUUCGGUGAUUUAUUCUUAUACGCGCUACGUACGUACAAUAUGAUAUGUCUUGGCCUGUAUCGAUACCGAGACGCUCAACGAAGCAGUCCAAAGAAUUCGAAAAGAUACGUUAUCACUUUCCCGCCAUUUAAUUUUGUGCUCUCGCCCACAGAUCUUGUUUUUGUGUUAAUGCAAUUUCAAUCUGGUAAAAAGAAAAAGCGUACCGGGAGAAAGCCGAAAUAGAUUUACAAACUAUGUCGAUGAGAAAUGAGGCUAGGGAGAGCGUGUUCCAGCGAAAUUUUAUAUUAUUUAAAUACAUAGUUCUUUACGAUGCACUCCGUUUUAAAUAUUUCAAUGCUUUUGUUGGUAAUGGCCCAAACGUGUCUUAGUUAGCUUAGAUUUUUUAGUUGUACGAGGCAAGAAAUAGCGGACGACCUCAUUACCUGAAAAUUCUCUCCAAUCA